CGUCAUCGGCCCCCGCGCCACCACCGCUCCGCCCAGGUCCUGGCCUCCGGUCCAGCUCCGCCGCUCCGUCGACACUCGCCCGCCGCCACCGCCGCCAAAAUGUCUACAGGUGCGCCUGCAGGUCCAACUGCCUCUGGCAGUAACCGGAGACUUCAGCAGACACAGAACCAAGUGGACGAGGUGGUGGACAUCAUGCGCGUGAACGUGGACAAGGUGCUGGAGCGAGACCAGAAGCUCUCCGAGUUAGACGACCGCGCGGACGCACUGCAGGCCGGGGCUUCCCAGUUUGAAACAAGUGCCGCGAAGCUGAAGAGGAAGUACUGGUGGAAGAACUGCAAGAUGUGGGCCAUAGGGAUCGGCGUUGUGGUCAUCGUCAUCAUCAUCAUCAUCGUGUGGAGUGUGUCUUCGUGAAGAACCAGGGAGCCUCCCGCCUGCUCUUCUGGAAGCCUCGACGAGACGUGGACUUAGAGCCUGCUCUCCUAUCAAGCUUACAAACUGUCAUAUGUACAAUGAUUAUUCUCUGCUCGUUAAUGUCAAGUUUGAUUCUUAGGAAAUGUGCCUUUUUUUUUUUUUAACGUACACUCCAAUCUAGAAGCGUGGUCAGCCCAGCCCGCAUUUUGCACAGUGCCUUUACCACUUUACACUUUACACACGGGCUGAUGAGAGACUUCCGGAUUGCAGAGUGCAUAACCUAGCAGUAGCGUUGUCUGAGUAAUCGCCUUUAAUUCCAGUUAGGGAACUUUCUUCCAAGUUAGCUAUCCUCGUCACGUGACCUUAUCUUCAGAACCACAUUUAACCCUUUGGGUAAUCAGAUCCCUGUCUGUGCCUUCCAGAGAGAACACUACGGUCUCCCUCAAAUCUGUGACCACGACAGGUUGUGCCUUAUUUUGCUCCUGUUCUGGUUCCUUAGGAGAGAACCCUCUACUGUCUGUAAGCACUACUGACGCCGUCGCUGUGUAUAAAAUAAGAUGCUGGGCAAAAACUUUUGUUCUUACAUUAGAAACGAAGAUGUUUACUUGUUAUUGUUUUGUAUCAUAUUUUAAAAAUAUUUUAAUCAGAAAUAACCUCUUUAAAACAUUUUGAUAGAACUAUGGCUAUGACCAAAGUUCCUAUUUUGCCAAAAAGUUAAAUCCCAGUAAAAUGCCCUUGAGUCUGCUCCUGACAGAUAAAUUCCAACAGGUGACAGAUGGAACUCCAGGUGCGCUUCAGAAUUCAAGUUGUAACAUUGCUUCUGAAGCUUCUACAUCCUGACGGGCCUUUCUUGCCUUAAAACCCUGCAGGUGUUACAACGCCCCUUCCUAGUUAGCGUGUGUCCUGGGGUUAGAGAAGGUUCCAGCUAGACCCUGACCAUCUCCCACCUAGAGAGAUUGCAGAAUACAGCCGUGGGCUCCCGUGUGUUCUGAGAAUUAUGUGAGCAACAGUGUUGUCACCUUCAAGGAAGACCAUCUGUGAGCUGGUCAUUAUUUGGCCCAGGCCUCAUAGACUGUAGCUUUUUGGAGUUAGUUUCUAUUUUUAUUGGUAUUCCACUUCCUAACUCUGUCUCCUGCAUUCUGCCUUCAGUUAGCAUUGGUCAGGGUGCUGACUUCUCCCAGAUGGCUGACGGAGACAGUCUUUCUUCGCUGUCAUAGGCUCAGACUGUCUGCACAGGACCUGCUCUGGAGUCGCUGUUGUCAUCUGAGAGGUUUUUGUUGAGACUCAGCGUCAGGCUGUGGGCUCAGGGCGGGAAGUCGGGUAUGAAGGAAGACAGGCAGGAGGCCCGGAGGGGGAAGCAGAGGUUUACACUCCGCCUCUGUCCUGGGAGCUCGUGCUAGCACGUGACUUACGGAGCAGCAGCAGUUGAGUCCACCAGGACACGGGUCCAUUCCUGUGGCGUCUGUUCCCCGACGGCACUGAAAUGGUUGAACACGCCCAGCUGUGAGAAGGAAGCAGCCCUCAGUGUAGGGACGUUAGCCCCCUCGGCUCCGGGUCUCUGGCCGCGUCUGACAUUGAAACUUUGGUGCUCUCUCCUUGGCCUUAGCUCAGUCCCAUGUAACCCACCGGCUCCUGCAUUAACCCAGGAAUACCUCGCUCGUAUCUGCAUUUAGCUGGGAACUUGCCCACUGUAAUGACAUCAAUAAAGUGUUUAUAAACAUAA